GCUAUCCGCAAGAUGUAGUCAGUUUGUGGUCCAGGAAAUUUACCAUACGUGCAUUGAGAAGGAACCAGGUGCUUGCUUGAAAUUUCAAGAAGCACACGGUUAAGCAAAACAAUUAUUUAAGGAGUUAGGUCAGAAGCACCGCGAUAGCCAGUUACUGAACUAAAGCAUGGACGGUACGAACUAGUUAAUUUGACAACAACAAAAACAACAACAACAAAAAACUAUGUAGGUUUGUGUUCAAACGGGAAGUCCGGCCACUUGACACUUUCGGGACUUCCUCUUAGCACAAUCUGACCUCUUUUGUGGGUGAGUGGGAAAUGUUUUUAAAGUCCGUUCGAAUUCGUGUUGGGAAGCCAUCCAACUGGAUGUUCAGAGACGUCGUAACAGCUGUCCUUUUCCGAGAGAACGGACGCGCUUAGACAUUCAUAUGUGUAUUCAUAUAUAUAUGUGUAACGGUUGUUUCACGUCAGCCAGAAAGCGCUGUGUUUUGGAUCCGGGGCAAAGGACAGCGUCCGUGGCAACCAGAUUGGUUGACAUAAUCCGUUUCUUAGAAUCUAUCUCUUUCGUGGCGUACAGACAGGUGUUGCAAAUUUGGCUUUAUACUUUUGUUAAAUCUGUUAUGGCGAAAACAGAACAGCCAAAAUGCGAGCAAUAUCCUAGCGCAUCAUCAGUCAGUAAAGACGAUUCGCUUCCUUUGUUAAGCAAAGCAACUAUGGCGGAGAAACGGAGGUCCGGUGGAUCGGGGAUCCUGGCCGACCCCAAAUCGGCGAAAUCUGACUCCGAUAAAGAGUUUCUGUCACAGACCGGAGUGGGAGUGCUACUGAGAGGAGCUCUCCUAAAAUUGGUGGAAGCCAGGUCAGAAGAUCCGAUUGGGUUUCUGGCCGACCACUUUAGUAAUUUAGCUUCUGAAUCCGAAAACGGGUCGGCAGGGUGCGGCGAUGCGGAGCAAACGAACACUUCAGAAGAACAACAGCAACUGGGGAGAGCUAUGUGGCACCUCAGAUUGGCGCAUCACUCCCAGAGAUCUGCCUUUAACAACAACGUGCGGGUAGCCUACGAGCUUCUGAUGCAGAGAGGGCAGCGUCGACGUGUGGGAGGCGGGGUGCGAGGCAGCAUCUACACAGAAAUGCUGCGUUUCCUCUGCAGGGAAGGGGAGGUGCCCGAAUUGACGGCAGCCCCCCUCCUGCGCCGAAUCCAAUGUCACGACCACGAGGCUGUACCGUUUGAACUGUUCCGGCAGGGUGUACUGACAUGCGCGGUGUUUUCGGAUUACGUAAGAAAAUCUCGGUCCCUCUAUGUGGCAGUCUGCCCCUGCCCUGACACACCGGCGGAGAGGUCAUUGUGCCAAGCUGUUUUGGAGACCCUGCGGGAUGCACUUGACACCUCUCACUGCGCCGACUCGGCCCGCUACCUGGAGGCAAGCGCCAAGAUCGCUCCGUGCAAGCUAGCCGAGGCAAUGGCUCUGGCUCACAACCCCGGUCAAACUCAAACGGGCCCUACCAUGGAACCCCAGGAGUUCGAGGACGCAGCGGCGGCCCUUUUUAUCGCGCGAGUUCGCCCUGUGUCAUAAUUAUCCGUUCAACAACAAAAGAGCAUCGUCACAUUAAAAUAACAUCCGAGCAGAACAUGUCAUAACCCCUAGACAGAAUGGAGUAGAGAAUAACCUUAAGUACGUUGGACAUUUUGCUUCGGAAGGUCCACCACAAAAUAGAGGAAAAACUAGACUGUUCUAUAUGUCUAAUAUUUAUUUAUUUAUUUAUUUAUUUGAUGUUUCAGGACUAUGAAUAGUGAGAAGUAUAAGCUUUCCUCCAACUGGUUGCAGUUUAUGUUUACCUUAUAAGUGAAUAAAAACAUGCUUAUCUUAUGGACAUACAGUCAAUAAUUUAUUCUACAAAAUCAGACAACAGAAAAUUAAAAAAAAUUGGAAUGACUUCUUAUCACCAAUUUAUUCUCA